AUGGAACGUGAAAGACGACGAUUACGAGCACUGAAAAAAGAGCACCGGAAAAAGGAAUUAGAAGAAGCAAAGGAGGACGAGAAGAGGAAAUGGCUUUCUUUUAAUGCAAAAGCAGCAAGUCGAAGCAUGAAAGGAUUUAAACGACCUACAGCAUCUGGAUCAGCACCAGAUGGACCGGCAUGGGGUAUUACUUCACAGGCGAGGAUAUCAUCACGGCAAGAUCUCGGUGCUUUUAAAUCAACGCAGCGUGGAAAUAUGGAUUCAUUGUUUUAA